AUGGCCAACGCACUCGACGCCAGCGCGUUGCUGAGCAAAGUAGCCAAUAUUUUACCCGAAUCUAACAAGACGCUUGUGGCUAUUGACGAGGACACGCCAGCUAGAGAACCCGAUGCUGGCACGGGCCCCGGCCUCUUGCCUGAAGGCUGGAACAGAAAGGGCCCAGAUGUAUAUACCUUCAAAUACAAGCAUGAGCAAAGCUCUUUUACGUUCUUGUUGAAGCUUGUAGGGUAUCGGGACGACAAGACUAAAACCUUUGAAAUCACAACUCAAGACUUUACGUCUGCUUCAUAUUUCCCUUACGACACCCAAUCCACAGACAGGCCACUUGUCCAUGGAUACAUAUCCUCAUCCCGCGUCACUGAUCUCGUGUCUCUUUUCAAAAUUACGCCUCUCUCCGGAAGUACCACUAGUACGCCCGCAUCAGCGUCAUCAGGACAACCAGGACGCGCAGCGCCACCACCCAAUCCAUCACCCCCACCCUCAUUCGACCGUCCAUUUGCACACCCUUAUGCCGACCCUUCUCGGCGCAAUCCACUCGAGAUCGGUCGCUCGGAUCUCGACCCACUGGGCGGGCUACACAACCCAUUCGCUCCUCCUUCCCUGUUCUCUCCUCCAGGUGCUGGAGGCCAAGGAAUGGGUGCCGGUCGCCGAGGACAAGGAGGUGUGGGUCCAUGGGGCGGUGAUGGUUUCUUACCGCCAAUGGGCGCUCCACCUGGGGCAAGGUUCGAUCCUAUUGGUCCUGGUCCACUAGGCGGUCGCGGGUUCCCGCCGCGGCAACCGCCAAGGUCAGGAGACCCAGAUAAUAAUGAGUUCAUGCCGCCGGGAUCUGUAAGCAUUCGUUAA